GGGGAAGAAGCUGUACGGCUCAGGGGAAGGGUCUAAUAGGCUUCGUCAUGUGAUUGAUCGUGGCCUCCGCCAUGUGAUGUCAAUUUGUGACAUGAGUUAAACGUGAUGUGGUGGAUUCAUUAUUUGACAUCCUGCGAUUUAGAAGCUCAGGUCGUUAGAAAUUGAAUUUCAUACUCACAGCUACUGAAGUCAGAUAUCUAACACGUCCUCGUUUAGUGAGUUCUCAGCCAAGGGGUUGGAAGACAAAGAUUUGCGUUUGGAGAUUGAGUUCAGCCUCAAUCGGAUGAUGUUCAUUGUAUCAUCUCGUUCGGGAAUUUUCUUCUCGCAAACCCGCAUUCUGAGCACGAAUGAAGUACUGGGUCAAAUGGAUUUGAAAAAUGUACAAGGGAUCAGUCCCAGAGUACAAGAACACCGACCAGUGAUUUCUCGCUCAAAGUAGCUUGAAGCCUUGAUGUAUGCUAGUCUAGAUCAGAGGCCUAGCUUCCAGCGUUCGGAAUCGAGGCUAGUCGAUUAUCGAGAUGGGCAGAAAUGGCAGAAUGUCAAUGCCGAGUGCUCAUCAAUGGGAGUUCUGGCGUCUCGUUUUUGUCAUUUUUUCUGCUUCUUUCAUCGUACAGAUCCUCGUUCUUCUGUCUGUAGUCCGGUUUACAGACUUUUCGCUAUGUAACGAUCCCUUGAACUCGCCAGUCGCGGAAAUCAGAUACCAAAUAGAGGGAACCUUCGAGCCCAGCACACGAGACCAGGGUUCACUCUUUCCACCUUCGAGCUCUCUUCACCAGCAGCCACCGACUUACAGCAAGGCAUGUUCACACUUGGACACGAAUUUCUCGCGAGAUUCUUCCCCAUAUUGGACGUGUGCAGACGAGGAGGUGACUCGAGAGCUCAGCCAGCCCGAUGACAAAAGCACGUCUGCUCUCGGCGAACACAGUCUACAGCCCCUCAGCAUCGCCCUUCAUCCUUUCGUCAAAUUCAGCACGUACAGACUGUCGAUGAACACGAUCCUCGUGGUCGGACUCAGCUCGGCCGUGUACAGGGCUUUCGACAAGCCCGUGCACGAUUGCACAUGGCAUCAGGAAGGCAAGGAUCUCGUCACGACCGACGCGAAGAUGAUCUACGUCAAGUGGGACGAAGGACGCAUGCCUUACGUCCCUGCCAUCGUCAAUUGCACCUUCCCCACAGCAGUUGGAGCCGAUGCGAGCGGUGGAACUCUGCAGCUGUCGAUUUCGGCCAAGCCCAAUCGGCUCUCUCUCACCGGCACGGUGGCGGCUAAUGUGUACGAGGAAAGGAAGGGAGAGGUAGAGGUUUUCAACAGAAUGGUGCGCAAGUUGGAGCAAGGUGGUGCGGCUGCUCUGCCUUACAAGUACGCAUAUUGUGGGCCCCCGAUGUUUGGAAGAAUAAGACCCGAUUGGAUCCUCGGCUGGUUGACAUACCACUACCGAUUGUACGAAGGUAUGGAAGGCAAGGUCCGCUUUUUCUUCUACAACGUCGGCGCUCUAGCGGACGAGGGCACUCUGACGGUGCUGGAGCCAUUCAUCAAGGCAGGAGUGGUCGAGAUCGUGAACGUCCUCGAGAUAAAGGAUUACACGGCACAUUAUCGAGGUCAGGUGCUCUUCGUCAACGAUUGUCUUCACAGGACCCGGUUCAUUGCGCAGUGGACUCUCUUCCAUGACUUCGACGAGUUUAUUUAUGUUCCUCAACCCAAUUCUCUGCAAUCGCUGCUGAAGCAGCACGAAGAUAAGGCUUGGUUGACUUUCGCAAGCUUGCCUGCUUCAUGGAAGUUUUGCACAGAGCUGUCUAGAACGGUAGAGACUCGAUGGCCCGUGGAGAGGAUGGUUUGUGUUGAGGAGCAGCCCGAGUGCAGAUACAAGCAGGAAAAACCGGAUCCCUGGCUUUGCACGGGGCCGCUGGGAAGAAGGAAGUAUGUCGUGAAUCCGAGGAAGGUUUUCGCUGCAGGUAUUCAUUACGUUACGAAAGAUAGCGGUUCCGGAGGAGUCGAUUUGAACGGAACUCUUGCCAGGUUACACCACUAUCACGGAGCCCUGGCCACUUUCAACUAUCUCUGUAACGGAGUUGCUAACUUCUCAGCUCGAGCAGACAACACCAGCGAAUUUAGUCGGUACAUUUUCAAUGAUGAUGUGGCCACAGAGACUUCGAAGGCCAGAGAUGUGCUUCGUCGCCUCUUGGGUGAGGCUUAAUAUUCUCGAUCUGUACAACACAUAACUGAUUUCAGUGUACAUAAUUCGUCUGAAUUUAAAAUCAGAUGCAUCGACUAGCAGCACGUGCAACUGAAUGUGUAGUCGGAUUAUUCUGCUCGACAACAUCGAAUUAAAUGUUAGAUAAUUUGAACCUCGCCCGAAUGCGAAUUUUGCUUACAGGUUUCGCAUUCGUCCUCCAUAAUUGAUUUGGGAUGUUCUAAUGUUGAUUUUAAUUUUGAUUAUGUUUCGAAUAUAAGUUCGAAACACAACCAAUUCUCG